CCCAAAAUCUCUAAGCCCAAUCCAAAACACUCCAUCACCCACAUAUAUAAAUCCUUCAAAACCCGAACCCUAGAACUCUCAAUCCCUCCUCUGCCGUUCUUCUCGCUCCAGCAGCCGAAGAAACAACAGCAAAUCCGAUCUCACAGACCCGAGAAUCGACCAUGGGUAAGGUUCACGGAUCGCUGGCUCGUGCCGGUAAGGUGAGGGGCCAAACCCCGAAGGUCGCCAAGCAAGACAAGAAGAAGAAGCCCCGUGGCCGCGCCCACAAGCGCAUGCAGUACAACCGCCGUUUCGUCACCGCCGUUGUUGGCUUUGGAAAGAAGAGGGGACCCAACUCUUCAGAGAAGUAAGCUGGACGAAUGGGUAGUUUUGUAGGUCAAGGCUGGUUGGCUAUUUGAAGAGUUUGCUAUUGUUUCACUUACUUUUAUGGCCGAACCGUAAUGAAUGUACUUGUUACGUAAGAAUUGGAGUUUUGUGUUUCACUGUGUUUGGAAUUGAAAUUUUGAAAUAGGUUGAGCUA